AAUAACUUUAGCCUUUUAAUAAUAUUGAAUAAGUUAUUAAUAUAUUAUAUAAAUGUAAACGUGUACCAUAUGUUAGUAUGCAGUAUAUAUAAUAAGGAGAGCAGCAUUGAAUAGGCUCUUGAUAUUGAAAUAACUCGAAUAAAGUUGUUAAGUAGAAGAUAAAAAAGGAUAACGGAUGAAUACGACGAUUAGUGGAUAAAAAAAUGAAAGAAACCUCUAAUUAUGAAUAGGAAAAUGACUACUUUAAUAAAAGGAAAUGUGCAAAUAAGUACUUCGAUAGUUUCUCAAUAUCAGUUCGAUAAUAAUCGAUAGACGGCUUUUUUUUAAUCGAGGAAGUAAAAUUAAGCUCUAUCGAUCUAGGAUUGAAUGGAAAAGUCUCAGUCUGGCUUUUAAUGCCGAACCGUUUGAGUUAUCAUUUUAUUGCUAUUUGUUUAGUAUAAAGGUAGGAAAAGAGUAAUUUUCUUCCACUUGAUUGAAAAUUUCGGAAUGGCCGCUCCUAAGGAUACUGUCUCCUUAAUAUCAGAAUCGAACACUCCUAAUGGAAAUGGGUCGGUUGGUGCUCGACGUCCGAGUUUAUGGCCAUCGGCCGGAAAGGCUCUGGAAUUGGCUCCCCACGAGAAACGGAAGCCAAGUAUAGCGAGGAAGGAAUCCCUUAUCAUUCCUGGGAAGAUCGAAGACAGGCCUUCCAAUGGACGGGAUAGUCCGAAUAGGAGACCGUCAAUAAGUUCAAGGAGAGAAAGUAAUAGAUCGAAUGAUUCCAGAGUUAGUGCGAUUGAUUUCUCAAAGUUGGAAACCACAGGCCACAAGAAAGAUGACGAAGAAAAAGGAAAAACCAUUACGAAUACUGAUUCCUAUAUUAGAACAGCAAUACCCUAUCUACCUCAAUCGCUAGCCAUUCUUUGCUUAAUACUCAACAUUCUUCUACCAGGUUCAGGGACAAUUCUUAGCGGAUUAUGUUUGUUUUGUUGCGGAAAAUCAAGAUUGGCCAGCAAAGACAAUGAUAUUAUGACUGUAUUAUGCGUUAACAUAUGUAUUGGAAUAUCACAACUUUUCACCGUUACUUUUCUUCUAGUUGGCUGGUUUUGGAGUUUAACCUGGGGAAUUUAUAUGGUUAUUUUGGCUGGUAAGUUUAAUUAUUUCACCUCCAAAGAAGCGGAAGUAAUGUUUAAAGAAUAAAUUGAAUUGCAUAUUAACCCUUUCAUUAUUUUACAUGUAUAAACAUUUUUAAACGUUCUCAGUUGAAUAUCGUCAAGAACAGCAGGCUAAACGAGAGAAACAGCUACAAGCUAUGGCUUUAACAGCUUUUGGUUCACCAAUUAGACCAUGGUCGUUAAGAACGUAAUAAACAUAAAAUAAAUGAUACAAUUUUUGAAUUAUUACUUAAUAAAGAACACUUGAAAACGACAUAACUGAAAGAUUA